GAUCUACAUUAGAGACUCAGGUUUUGAAACAACUUGAGCUAAAACUCUCCAGUUCUUAGUUUCGUUAUUCUUUAAAGGACUAAGAUGACGAAUUAAACUUUUUUUUGGCUAAUAUUUGUUAUUGCUGCAGAUCUGCGUCUCCCUAUUAAAUCACCAUUAGGGUCCUGUUGCUGUGCCCACCCACAGCAGGGACACUUCAGGGAGGGACUUUCUCUCCACAUUAACCAGUGAGCCGCCUGAGAGACAGAGGGAUGUCAGCAUGCUCUCAGAAUGGAUCUAUGUGCUCCUCCUGCGGGUCUUCUGAAGAGCUCUGCAGCCUCCAGUCAGCUGGCUCAGGUUUAUGAUCAAUCUGAGGAGAAAUCUGAGGAGAAAUAAGACCUGGAUGGACAGGUCAGGAGCGUUGGAUUUAUUUAACGCAUCCUCCCAGGAUUUAUCGGCCUGAAGACUCCCUCUCUGGGUCGGAUGAAAUAAAGAGAGAAUGUAUGGAAUAAACCAGCGCUGUGUUUACAUAUCCUUCCAUUUCUUCGUGCUGUGGUGCCAUGCUCAGGGGGAGAAUCACCCGUCUCCUAAUUUUAAGCAGUAUGUGAGGACGCAGGGCGCAGUGACGGACCAGCUGAGCCGCAGGCAGGUCCGGGUCUACCAGCUCUACAGCCGCACCAGCGGGAAGCACGUGCAGAUCCCGGGCCGCAGGGUGAGCGCCACCGCGGAGGACGGGAACCUGUUCGCUCGCCUCUUUGUGGAGACGGACACCUUUGGCAGUCGAGUGAGAAUCAGAGGUGCAGAAAGUGGGCGCUACCUCUGCAUGAACCGGAAGGGCAAACUUGUUGGAAAGCCCAACGGCCGGAGCAGGGACUGUAUCUUCACAGAGAUCGUACUGGAGAACAAUUACACGGCGUUCCAGAAUGCCAAGUAUGACGGCUGGUAUGUGGCUUUUACCAGGAAAGGGAGGCCCAUCAAAGCGUCCAGGACGAGGGAGAACCAGAGGGAGGUCCAUUUCAUCAAGAGGCUCCACACGGGCCCGCCCCCCUUCCCAAACACAGACCAAAGCAAACACUUUGAGUUCAUCCGAUUUCCGGCCACUCGUCGAGCGAAGCGAAACAGGAAAUCACCUCCUAUCUCUUCCUAACACGCAGCAACAGAAAUGGACUGAUGACAGUUGUGAUAUAGGAAGAGGACAUACAAUUUUAUUUUUGUAUAUUUUUGAUAGGCAAAAGAUGGUUAUAUGCCAUAAAUCUAAAGUAAUAUUGCUGUAAAAUGUAAAUACAGAAAGAGAGUAAAGAACAAAUGAUUGUAUUUAAUGGUCCUGUGUGUCUGUGCUGACUGAGCUGCAUUACAAACGGCAACAUGACUUAACUACCUAGAUGUUUCUGUCAUAUGGACAACUACAUUUCCACGGAUACAAAACAGCGCAGAGUUAACAUUCUGCAUGAACUGUGAACCAAAAUACAUUGAUAACAUAGUCAAGAAGUUACAGGAUUCUUAUGGUUUCCUUAUUAUUUGACUCUGUUUCAUGCAGCGGGUGAAUGAAAUGAUGCUCAAACCAAAUGGAACUCUAAAGGCAGUUGCGAUGUCUGUAGCCGACCAGCCUGUAGCCAAUACUGAAAUCUCUCAUUCGGCAAUUCAACAGGCCAGUUUUCAUUACAAUGUAAUAGAGCGCAAAAUAUGUUUCAUCUUCUGAUCUCAAACGGCAGGAAUGAAUCAAAGGAAUCUAAAUGAGUGAAUUUGGGAUUAUUGUAUCAUGUCAAACUGAUUCUCUAGCAGAACAGUUGUUAUAUGUGCACACCUUUGUUCUAUCAUGAACUGUUAACGUGUCUCUCCCUUGUACACUAUAUUAUGCACGAUACAAUAAUCAACUUUUCUUAUAUGUUUAUAAUAAUUGAACUUCCCACCUUAUGUUCUUUUAAUGAAAUAUGACAUUUGUCAAUGUUAAAAAAGAAUAAAAACCUCUUUAGAAGGA